CUAAAAAGACGCACCGACACAACACACGCCCUACCCUUCAAUUGCUUCUCACUCACUGAACUUUGCAUUCCCAUUUCCCAGAUUCAUUUCACAUUCACACAAACCUUCAUUUCCUUCAUAACGCUAACGUAACAACCCCUUCAUUCCAUUCAUUGCUCUUUCCCGAUUCUAUCUUUGGCAUUGGAUUGCAUUUGGGGUCUGAGUUGACUGGUCAUUUUUGGGUUUAAUGUUUUGUGGUGUAAGGUUUGGAUUCUGAACCUGAAAUUUCUCUUUUUGUGUGUGUGAGUAGUGCCUUUUAGAAGUUGGAAUAGAGAAUUUGAGCUGGGUGGAUGGAGGAUGACAAGAGGCGGAGGAAGAACAAGAAGAAGAAGAACAAGCAAAAUAAGAAUGUGGAAAAUGGGGUUGGAGAAACUGCCAAUCUGGUCAGUAAUGGAAAGGAUGAGCACACUAAUCUUUCCGAGACUGCAAAUGAGAAAAGCUCGAAUGUGGAUUCGAAUGGAGUUGUUGGAGAGACAUCAACUAGGGAUCAGAAUCUGGUGAAUAAUGGUAAGGACGAGCCUGCUCAUCUUUCAGGAGUCAUUGAUGAGCAAAGUAUGAAUGUGGAUCGGAAUGGGAUUGUGGAAGCCCCCAAUAGUGAUCAGAAUCUGGUGAAAAGCAGAAAGGAUGGGAAUAUUCCACCAUUGGAGUUCGCAGAUGGGCAAAGUGUUAAUGUGGAUUCAAAUGGUCAUCUGCCAAAUGGUAAAGAAUGUGCCAGAUCAGAAGAGACAAUCAGGAAAUUAAAGGAAGAAAAUGAUAUAUACAUUCAGAAAGAGACCUUAUCAAAAGAGACAAUCAGGAAAUUGAAGGCAGAAAAUGAUAUGCACAUUCAAAAGGAGGUCAUAAUGGAAGAGACAAUCCGAAAAUUAACAGAACAGAAUGACAUGUAUAUGCAGAAAGAGAUAGCAUCUGAAGAGACUAUCAGAAAAUUGAAAGAAAACCAUGAUAUGCAUGUUCAAAAAGAGGCCAUAUCAGAAGAUGCAAUGAGAAAAUUGAAAGAAGAAAAUGAUAUGCACAUGCAGAAAGAGACCCUAUCACAGGAGACAAUAAGAAAAUUGAAAGAAGAAAAUGAAGUGCACUUUCAGAAAGAGGUUACCUUGGAAGAGAUCAUCAAUAACUUACGAACUGAUAAUGAAUUGCUGACACAAAAUCAGAAUGGUCUGGAAAUGAGAAUCGCACAAUUGCAAAGUGACUAUAAUUCCUUACUUAAAAAGGAGGCUGGACUGGUGGAAAAAACUAAUCAGUUGCUGAAUGAAAAGGAGAGUUUUGAGCAAAAAAUAAAAAUUCUGGAGACUGAUUUGAGUUCUUUUAGUGAAAAAGAGGUUGGAUCAGAAACAAGAAUUGCACAAUUGCAGAGGGAGAAUAAUUCCUUACUUCAAAAAGAGGCUACAUUGGUGGAAAAAACCAAUCAGUUGCUGAAUGAAAAAGAUGUUUUGAGCCUGAAAGGGGAGAGUUUAGAACAAAAAAUAUAUCUUCUAGAGAGCGAUUUGAGUUCUUUUGUUGAGAAGGAGAAUUCAACAAAGGAAACUAUUUCAAACCUGAAUGGAAACAUUGCUGUGCUACAAGCGCAGGUGGCAGAAUUGGAAGAGUCCAGGAAUAAUCUUUUGCUAGAAAACCAGCAAUUGAGGGAGAAAAUGUCAAGUAUUCAGUCAACAGUGCAGAAUCUUGAAAACAGCCACACUUCUUCCUGCUCACAGAAUGCAUCUGAAAAGGAUCUUGCUGCUGAAAAUGAGGACUUGAAGUCUCAAAUUGAAGCAGCCUUUACGUUGGUAGAGAAAUUGAUGGAAGAAAAUGCGGAACUUGUUGAGAAGGUCACCGAGUUAUGUGUUACCCUGGAUCAACGAAGUGCAGAAAUUGAACUUUCUGGAGUCACUGGGGCUGAUGGGAUGGCUGAAUUUGCUAAACCUACUGGUGUUGCCAUUCCUAUACCUGAAGGGAUGACUGAACUUGCUAAACCUACUGGUGUUGCCAUUCCUUUACCUGAAUCUGCUGAGAUUGCGUCUGGAUCAGCCCCAAAGUUAAACUUGUUGGGUGAGACUUUAGUGAAGGAGAACGGUAACUAUAUUGAUGCUAAGCAUGUUGUUGGGUUGAUUUCAAACUCGCCGUUGAUAUCUGACGUUGCUGGAGAAAUCGUGCAAAUUCCAUUGGAUGAUAAUGAGGUUGAAGAUAUAGAGUCACAGGAUGUCAAGAAUGUGGAAAUUGAUGCUGUGCCAAUCACAGAUGCUCCCCUUAUCGGUGCUCCAUUCCGUUUGAUAUCAUUUGUUGCUAAUUAUGUUAGUGGUGCUGACUUGGUUGAUCGAAGCUCUUCAAACACCGGUCGUUGAUUUAUUAAUACUGGAAAUUCCCUCUUUUUUGGCGGUCUUGAACAUACAGUAACCUCACUUACAUUAGGCAGAAUACCAAUAUAGGUUGGCCUAAAUUGGGCCAUUUUAAUGUUUGUAUGUUAAUUCUUUGGACACUCGGAAAUAUUGUACCGCGGAAAAGUAUAUAGUUUUACAAUGGGUGUUCUUACUUCAUAUUGCUUUUACAGUUGGAAAUGAUACCUCUGAAAGACGGCAUUGUGAAUAAGAAUGUAGUAGUUGGUGACUAGUUUCUGCCGUUGUCCUUGAUGUAUUCUUUCAUUUUGGUGGGUGGUGUAUCGCCUCGAAUCUUGUGAUGAUUAGGUUUUUGAUAAAAUGCAAAAUUGACCCACAUCUUCAUUGA